AACCAUCAAUACUUUUCUGUGGAUUGUUUUCCUGACAGACAGAUUGUGGUUAUUUAUGUGAUUUCUUGAAUUGAAUCGGAAAAAUCGGGCAUAAUUAUAAGUGAAUUCAAAUACGUUUACAUAAUGACAGACAUUUUAAAAUCAUUCAGUGCUCUGCAAUCUGAAUUGGAUGUUGCUAAAAGUACUUUGAAAGGAGUAGAUGAAAACAUCAAGCGCCUCAUCGGUAGAGACCCAUCGGACGUACCUUCAAGACUCCAAACUAAAAGAAACAAUCCUUCAAAUGAAGAUCGAGGUAGACCCAGAAAUUUUGGUAAUCAGAAUGAGGAAAGGCGGUUUAAAAAUCCGAGGCUGCGUAGUUUGGUACAAGAAAAUGAAGAACCUCCUUUCAAAAAAAGGAAUACAAACAUAUCUGUAUUUAAGAGACUUUCAGAUAGGCCCAUACAAGAAAAUCAUCAGAUGAAUCACAGUAAAGGAAUGAUCAGUAAAGUGAUUGUCACUCCAAAGGAGUUUCCUAGUAGACAAGAACGAAUGGAAGCUCAAAGUAAAGAUGCAGGAUCGGUAGCUAGGAACAGAAGAAUGUUUGGAGCUUUAUUAGGUACUUUGCAAAAAUUCCAGCAAGAGGAGACAAAACUAAAAACAAGGGAAGAGAAGAGAGCGCAAUUAGAAAAAAAAAUUGAAGAACAUGAGAUCAAGGAAAAAGAAGAAAUUAAAAAGGAGAGACAAGAAUUAUUCCUGAAUAGAAAGAAAAAACAAGCGGAGAUAAAAAUGAUAGAGUUAAAGAUGCUCAGAAUGAAAGAAUAUAGUUCUUGGGAAGAAUCUCAAAAGCAAAGAAUGAAUUUUAUUUUUACCAAAACUAAACCUAGAAUCCAUUUCCUUCCCAGAAAACUGAAUGAAGCUCAUAAAGCUGCUCUUGAGAAUUCUAAAGCUGAGAUUCAAAGUAUUAUUGAUAAAAAACGCGAGAAAGUUCAAGAUGAAUUACAAAUUAUUGAAGAGAGAGGGAAAAGGAUGUUCGAGUCAAGAAAAUUCCAACAGGCCAUCAAAGAACAGGCAAGUGAAGAUCAUGAGAAUGAAAAUGAUAUGGAUGAUGAUGUUAUGGAACAUUUAGAUGCGCAGGAGAGGGAAAAUGAUCAAGUCGAAGAAUUAAAUAAUGAAAAUGUAAAAGAAACUGAACCAGAUAAUGAAAAUAAUGCACAAAAAGAAAAUGGAGAAAAAGAAAAUGAAGAAGAAAAUGAAGAAAAACCAUUAAAUGGAAAGAUAUUUCUGGGUGAUCUGAAUGGAUCCAAUGAUCAACCCAAAAUUAUUGAGAACCAUAGUACGGAAAAUUCUGAAAAUUCAGAAAAUGCAGAUGGAACUAGUGAACACAAGGACUGUGAAAUGAAUGGACUCAGUAAUAGUGAAAGUAAUGGUACUCAAGAGGAUGAACCAAUGAAUGAAAUAAGUUGUAACAAUGAACAACAGGACCAUCAAGAUGCAGAGGAGGCAACUAGGGAUUGAAAAGUGUUAUAACUUCGUUGAUAACAGAAUGUUGUGAAAAUCUGUACUUUUGAAAUGAACAGAAAACAUUCUUUAAGUUAAGUGAAAAUAUCUUAAAUAUAACAUUUCUAUAGUUUGAAAUGUAAAGAACUCAGAUGAACUCAACAUAUUUCAUUUUGAGGAUAAUCCAAUAUAAAAAACAUAAGAUUUCCUGUUUGAAAAAUGAUGGACAUAUUUCUAGUGGUUUUAUUAUGAAUAUUCUUAUAGUGAAGAAAGUGCGAAUGUUUGUCUUAAUAUCAGUUUAUCUGCCUUUAUUUUAUUUUCCGAGAUGAAUUUAAUUUUUUUUUUGUUAUGACAGAAAAUUUUGAUGUUUUCGAAUAAAUUUAUAUUUAUGUAUAUUUAUGACACAUUAUCGUUUGGGGUGGAACUAUCACACUUAUAUCAUUGAUUCUUUAAUGAUGUUUUCAUAAAAAAUUUCAACAUAGGGCAAAGUACAAUUGAAAGUUGUAAAAUAUGGUUGUAUAUACAAAUAAAUUACAUCGACUUUUAGGUACCUACAUCAGUGGAAUUUUUAAUGACAUUUAUUUUUCUACUAAUCAGUUGGUUUAUUGUAUAAAAAUUGUUGAUUAGGCUUCGAUCUUGAUAUCUGAACAUGAUCGGAAAGUUUCUUGUGGGCCGCAUCCAUCUCCAUAUGUUCCAUCGUCACAUUUACCCCAGUUAUUACCUGUAAAUAAAUUUUUUCUGUGAA